UUUGCCAUAGUGGGGCCUCCCUUGUCGACGGUCCCAGUUGGACCUCCAGGCUCCGCAUUUUGCAGAGGCACUUUCCCUCCCAGCUCCACACCCCAGGAUUUGAAUAUGGCACGUUCUUCGAAUCCAUCAAAUUCUGAGAGCCCGUCAUCAUCGCGAUCCCCUUCUGGAGAAGAGAGAGAGGAGACAGAGUUCUUGGCGGAUGAGUCUCCAGUCGAGGAGGAAGAUGAUGUUCCAGAAAACGGACCACCGGAGGAAGAGAUCCUAGAUGAAUGUCUGCAUAAGUAUCAGGAGGUCUUUGAAGACACCUUUGAGGAGAUGCGCCUGACCACUGAUGUUGUAGAAGAAGUGCGGCAGGCUUUCAACCAGUUCAUUGCAUUGCAGUCAAGCAGAGACGCAGCAGGUAUGGUGUGA